CACGGAUAAGUGAGAGCCCUGUUGUAUUUGCAAGCGAAUAAACAAUUGAAGCACAUCGAUGUGUCGUCUCCCGUAAUUGUAGUGUGUGCUUCCUUGUUGUGUGGUGGUUGUGCUGGACGGUAGUGUUGUGGUGUCCCCCUGUUUGCUUCCGCACUAACAAAAGAAGCAAGUCCGCAAUCGUGCACAAUAUGUCUGGAAGAAAACGGCAGCCCACGGAGCAAUAGAUUCGCCCUGUGUCCCCCGCACGUGUAAGCAAGUGUAGGUGUGCAUGUGUAUGUGUAUCUUGUGCAGGAGCUGCUGCACCAGCUCGUAUCACACAAGGGUUUGCAAUUUGAAGAUGUAGAAGCAAUAGAGAGGAAAUACGAAUCGCAUUAGAAAAUAUAUCCCCCGAGUGAAGUGUUCCAGUGUUUUCUGAAGAAUCACUGCACUGCACACAAAAAAGUGCAGCUCGAAGUGCAAUCAGGGCGUAUAUGCGUGUGUGGGUGUUGUGUGUGUGCAUCGAUGUGUUUUGUGUUGUGAAUGGUGUAGAUUCUGUGUGCACCGAACGUGUCUCGUAUGCUUCCGGGCCAUCCGCCGUGUGUAGCUGUGUUUUUCUGUGAGUGUGCAGAAGCAGCAAUCAUUGCCAGAGCUUCUCCAGAUCGAUCGAGUGAGGCUGUGGGCGCGUCUUGAAAGAGCGCUGUAAUCAGCUUGCGAUUGUUUCACGAUUGUAGAAGUGUAAGUGACAGUGUGAAGCUGUGUGUGUGUGCGUGUUGAUCUGAAGGCUAGUACAUACGCUACUACUGUCCCAAGUGUAGUGUGAAGCUGUGCCCGCUGCUCCCUCAAUCAUCGAGGGAGGCCCUUCGGAGUGACAUGAACUCCCGAAUAAAGGAGGAUGUCAGCCGACUGUUUGAGUUCUGGUGUGAAAUUGCCCCGGGUACGGCAGACGACUCUGCGCCGGGACACAUCGUGGAAAGCUUCCCGGAGUCGUUCAAGGAUGCGAAGGUUACCGCCGACAUUCCUGCGUUUGCGUUUCCGUGUGCGUUUGAAAGCCGCACAAUUCAGGUGCACUCGUUCGUGCUGACCAACAUCGACUCCAAAUGGCGGUUCGGGUUCUGCCGGCACGAUCCAAAAUCACCCACCGCGAUGGUGAUUAUCACGUACCUUCCGUGGCACGAUACGUUCAUGCGCUUCCUGAACGUGUUGGCCGACAUCCGGAAAAACCGACCGAACGAGUUUGCCUCGUUUCUGGCGGAAUCGUACAACAAAGGUGUACCGGAGCCGGGGGCCUGCCUGAAGCUGCACUACGACCGCGCCUCCCAAACGUUCCUGUUCCAAAGACCUCAACAGUUCCAGCUUCCCAGUAUUCCGGAGAACCACAAUCUCAAUCAAUACUACAACUUUGUGGAACCAAAGUUCAUGAUAGGCAUAUUUGCCGCUAUGCUGGCAGAGCGGCGCAUCAUAUUUGUUUCGCGACGGCUGGACAUCCUCUCGUCGUGCGUGCAGGCGGCCAACGCGUUCCUCUAUCCGAUGGUAUGGCAGCACAUCUUCAUACCGGUGCUGCCGAUGCAGAUGAAGGACAUACUGGCCGCCCCGAUGCCGUUCCUGAUCGGCGUGCCGGAAGCGGUGUACGAGACGUUGCGGCGGGAGGAGAUUGGUGACGUCGUUAUACUGAACUGUGAUACGCGAACGCUGGAAACACCGUUCGACGAUGUGAAAAGUAUGCCCCAGGAGUUGGUUAGCUCGCUCAAGAAACAGCUCUCCAACCAGGCCGAUCAUCGGGGCGAUCGGGUUUCAAAGAUAUUUCUAGGUAUUCUAGUGCAAUUAAUCGGUGGAUAUCGGGAUGCGGUAAAGUUUAACGAUAAAAUUACCUUCGAUCCGGAAACGUUCAUCGAGUCGCGACCAUCGCAUUUACGACCGUUUUUGGACAAAAUGCUCGAUUUGCAAAUUUUCCAACAGUUUAUCGAAGAACGGUUGGAUAUGCUUAAUACCGGGCAGGGAUUUUCGGACGAGUUCGAGGUGGAGUAUUUCCGGUACGCGGAAAAGUCGGGCCGAAAGACGAAACAGUACAAGGAUCUGCUGAAAAACUUCAAGGAUAAGACUAAUCCAGCUGUACGUUCGGCGGUCAAAUCGGUCAAGGAAGGUGGGAAAGGUAUGAAGACUGCUUACAAAGGCUUACGGUCAAAGUUUCGCGAAACGACCCCACCGAAAACCAAGCUCGACAGUAGCAGUAGCUUGCAUCUGCACCACCAGUACGACGUCGGCGGCCAUCACCAGUCGGCGCCCAACUCGCCCGUCUUUAACAAGCGACCGCAAACGAUCGCCCUGCCGGACGAUGUGUACCACACGCACAACCCGCACCAAAUGCUUACACCCUCGUCAACCUCGCUCCACAACUCACCACAUAUCCUGCUGGGCAGCCACCAUCAUCACCAUAUGCAUCAGUCACUUCCGCAAAGCAAUGGUGUCGGAGCCGGUGGGGGCAGCGCCGGCAACAGUAGCAGUGCCGGGUAUCAUAGCUCGGCCUCGGCCGCGAUGACGCGCAGCGGUAGCAGUGCUGCGGGCAGCACAAGCCACAUGAACAACAAUCACAGCUACGCCAACAGCACCAACAACAACAACAUGACCAGCAGCAGUGCGAGCGACAUUCGCAGCCCAACGCUUAGCCCCACCAGCUCGAACUCGUCGUCCGAGAUGAACCUGUGGCAGGAGAUGCAGCACCAUCUGACGCUGUUUAAAUCGCCCGCCGUUAAUCGAAAUCUCAAGCCAACGAACAGUGCGGAAGGCGGGAACACUGGCAGCCGGCCAUCGUCCCGGGCGGGAGCGCCGGUCAGUCCGCCGGGUGGAAGCGGCAACGCACUACCUCGCAUACAAGAGUCGGUGGCAGUCGGGUCGCAACCGCUGCUCAGCUUGGAUCUCGACGAUUCGCGACAGGGUGCCGGUCGGGCGUGCAAUAGCUGCAAUAACAAUGGCAGCGGCGGCGACUACCACGAGGACGAUCAGUCAAACUUUGAUCUCUCGCCCGAUGCGCCGUGUCCACCGAUACCGCCCAGGCGCUUCCAAUCGGCAGCCGACGCGCUCGCCGCCAUUCAGAUUUCUCCCCCGCCCAUGUCACCUCCGUCGUCUUCCUCGUCGAACUCGUCGCCCUACCGUACCUACAACAACUUCAUACCUCCCGUACCGAAGGCAAAGCCACCGAUCGCCGUUCCCUCCGGUACGUCUUCCCCGUCGAUCAUCGACCAGUCACCUCCCUUACCAUCCCCUCCGCCUCCACCACCUUUGAAAGCGCAGGGCGACUCAUCCACCCGGCGCAACGAUAUCCUCCAGUUCGAUGACGAGGAGGAACAGCUGAUCACGCUUACCACGACGACGGCGACGGUCGGUGGAAAUGCGGGCAUCGCGACGACCACGACCACCACCAGCAUGUCGAUGACGUUCGGGCAGCCGGUGGUGGUUCGCAAGCAAGAGCUCUCACCCGCGUCCAACAAUAGCACAACAGUGCACAGCAAUCACAAGAUCCUGCCGCCAUUGCUGGCAACGCAAACGCAACAGCCGAACGUACAAAGUGCAGCAACAGCUGGCAAAACGCCGCCCCUGCAGCAUGCCUAUACCUUGCCACAUCCACCGAAAGCGCAAGCGCCCCAGCCACCGCAACGGCCACCGCUUGCUCCGAAGCCCACCUUCCGCAAAGAGUCUCAAAACGGUGACACACCCGAUUUCCCUGCGUCCGGAGCUGGAAGCGCAACGCCGCCGGUGAACGAUGAAUCCCUCGAUCUAAUCACACUGGACACCACCAACUCGAGCUUCGAGCUGGAGGACUUUGAUCCGCUCAAUGAACGGGCCAGACCAAUCGGUACCGGUGGUCUGUCCGGCUCAUCGCAUGCGACUCCCAGCUCAGCACUAACAGCCCCCAGCUAUGCGGCUGGCAGUAGCUUGGCAAACGCGUCUGGCGUGACGAUGCCCACCGCAUCCUUUCCCUCGACCAGCCUGAGCGUUAAUAAUCCGGUCUAUCCUUACUUUACACCGCUUUACCAACAAAACGUCGCGUCUUCGCACCCCCAUCCUCAACACCAACAUCACAACCAACAUCGGGCACUGCCAGGCACGGGAAGCGAUGGACAAUCACAGCGUCCGUUCAGUAGUGGCGGUGAGAGCACCAACUGCUCGUCCACUGGUGCUGGUACUGGUGCCAGUCCGCGGGCAAGCAGCGUCUCGGAUGAUUUCGAACUGCUGCGAAACUAUGGUUUAGAUAAAUUCUCACUGCUGGACGGUGGUAGCACAAAGUCAACCGCACUGCACAUGAACGGGAGCACUGGCAAGCCCGACCAGCAGCCGAGUACGACCAAUCCUCUUCAUAAUGCGCAGGUUCCGAAUGGCCGUCCGCUGGGAUGCAACGGCAGCAAGUACCCGACGAUGAACGGGAGCAACGGUCAGCCGAAAUCUACAUUCAGCAACUGGACGACUUUCGAUUGAUCAUGGCAGGUGUUGGGAGGAAAGCUUGCGCCAGCUGCCAAGACGCGAUAGUGGAUAGUUUCACAACAUGCACCAGAAGAAAGUCAGCAAAUUUAAAGCUCAUCUUUCGAUGGGUGGUUUUGUGUUUAAAAAAAAAACGCCAGAGGCGCAGUCAGAAGCAUGCAUUAAUCCGAGGUUACAUCAAUGCCUAGGCCAUAUUAGCCGUUUAAUCAGUUAUCAUACAGCGAACAACUUAGAGCCAAUACUGUUUUUCUUUGCGUGUGUUUAAUAUGUAAAAAGAAAGGUAAAACAAAACCCAGCAAGCAGUCUUUUCCGUUCUGUUCUACGUGUUAUUUUAUGUGUUUUCUUCUUUGUUUUGUAUAGUGUCAUAUAGUGAGGAAUAGUAGCGAUUGGGCAGGUUUCAGUCCAGCACGGAGAGGGAAAGCUGUAGUUAAGUAUGAUUGUAGCAAUGCUUCUCCGGCGGUUAAAGAAACACUAGUUUUACCGUAGUUAGCGGUAAGCAUAGCUAAAACCAUAAUCGUAAAACGAUUUAGAAUAGAGCGAACAUCUACGUUGGAUUGUUUGAAAAGACAUGGCACAGAAUGGGAACGUAUGCACAAACAAAGGCAGGCAGGAUGAAGAUGAGUAAGCCACAGUAAACGGCAGGACAGAUUCUGCGGUGUCUUCUGGUGGUUGCGACUGGGGAAUGUGGGGAAUAAAGAAGAUGUAUGGAAGAUUUGGACAUCGUUUAACGCAUUACCGCGACUACUAGUAGUGGUUAGUGCAGCAGAAUUUUAAAGUAUGAAUCCGUUUGCCGCGAGUGAAAGGAUUGUUGUUUAACCGUAACAAAAAGCAUACACCAAAUGCGGCUUGGCAGUAGAGGAGUUGGAGCGAUCGCACACUCUGCAAAGAGCGUCCUAAGCCAGCGAUAUGGUUUUCAGGGCGAGUCAUAGACAUCAGGUACACAGGUAGUGCGAUUGGAAUGCCGGAGUGUGGGAAUGUUUAGUUGAACGUAAAUGUUCAAACGAUAUUUAGCUAUUUCGGACAUGAGUUCAGUAGAAAGUGAUCAUAUAAUAUACUAUUACUGCUUAAGACGAUACUUUUAACGCAUCUUUAGCUAUCAGAUGAAGCGCUCGGAAGACAAACCGCACACACAAUAUCAUACAAUCGUACUACGAUAGAUAAACCAAAUAUUCAAAUACACAAACACACCCAAUCGCCAACUACGGGGGGGGGGGAUGUGAUAGCGUUUAAGAUAUUUAGUCAAAAUGUAACAUGCGGUAGGUGGUUUAGCAACUUUUAUCGAUUCUCCGCGCGCGGAAUACUGCAAACUUUUUUGCAAACAUCACACACACACACACGAUGCAGCUCAAAUAGCCGUACUGGGAAAAAAAAUGGGGAGAGAGAAUAAGGGUGUUUUGUUCGCGUUCUUUUUAUGUUUCGGUAAUAUGAGGCGCAUAGUCUGCUCACACAAACACUACAGCUCUCUCUCUAUCACCUAAACUCUAUCGUGCAUGAAGCUGUUGGCGAUAAAACAGCGCCCCAAAACCAUGCGUAACGACCAAAGCCGGGAGGGCGAGAUGUUGUGUCGCAGCUUCUCCGUGUGUUCCGGGAGCUGUCGUGUGCAGUAGUAAUACCACACACUCACACACAUCACAUAUGAUAGAAUUUUUUUUAGUUAGGAAAUGUAACGAAAAAAACAAAAAAACUUUAAUACAAUACUACUAUACUGGCUACUGUAAGAAGCGCGGACUUCCAACCUUUAGCUGGAGUAUCUACUCAGUCAGUGUGUUGGAGCUUCCCGAGCAGCAAAAGGGUCAUACUCGUUUUACCACAAUCUAUCAAUCGUCGGGCAAGUACCGGCACGAGCUACUUUAGUGUGAAACAUGCAGGAAACAGUAUCGGGACAGAAUCAAUCUUGCGAGCGCCGCAUGUUUGUGAAGUUAAAAAAUUAAAUCAGCUGAAAUAUCUAAAAGAAGCGUUCGGCUAAGAAGAAUGAUUAGAAGUUUAGCAGUAAAUAGCAAGCAAGAUCAUCAUCAUCAUCCUUACUCAGAAUGGCUAAAUUUUAAACAUUUAAUCCUGCUCCCAAGAUCAUUCCCCAAGUUUUAUGCUGUUGUCCCAGAAAAGGGUGGAAAAGGGUUGGAAAACCAAAAAGUAUAACAUCCGUUGUGCGUUUGCUGCUUCGUAUAUUAUGUUUUUGCAAAGCGCGAAUUGCUUCAAAUAAUCUACACUGUAAUCGAAUACGAAUUGGGAAUACCAAAAAAAAGGGAAUCAAUAUAGAUUUGUUUAAAAAAAAAACAAACCAUGUUCAGGAACCAAAUCAUUCCAACCACCAACAGGGCAUGCUUCUUUACUGAAGAGACAGCAUACAGGGAAGGCUGGAUGUUCUGUGCGGGAUGGAUACUGUGUGGGAAAUGGACGAGAGCGGUAGAGCGAAUUUUCCCUUGAUUGGGUGUGUACGGUUCCAAAGUUUGUGGUGCGUGGUAGUAGAGCAUAGAGAUGGUAGAACAGACAGACUAUAUAUAUUGGAAAACACGGAUGUUGAAUGUCAAAUAAAAGACGAAACAUAUUACAUAAA